CUCGCGCCUGUUGAGCGCAGGCGGAGGCGGCGGUCGGUCUCAGCUCCGGUGGACAGGAGCCACAUGUGAGUCCAACUCGUCUCUCUGAGAGUUUGACCGGCGGAAGUUUUCUGUGACCUCCGCUGCGCACGAGCACGAGCGCUCGCGGUGUGCGGGCUCUAUGUUCGCUUUGUCGUCACUUUGUGUUUGUGUUCGCCGUGUGUUCGCUUUGUGUUCGCUGUCGCGUGAAGUGAAGCGAUGCGUCCAGAGUGAGACCUGAUGAUGAGGAGCGGCGUUUCUUCACGUUGGAUCGUCUCCUCCGAGGACUGCGGGCGCUUUUUCUUCGUUAGCAGAAGAGAGGAGGGUCUGCACAGCAGGAGGCCUCCCAUUGGCUGUGAUCAGAGGAGACAGCACAGCGAGAGCCUGUGGAACUCACAGUGGGCUGUGAGAUCCCAUCAGCCACCUGGGCAUCCUGGGCGUCCUAGACGGAGACCCGGCCGGGGACGGGAGCGGCUCUGAGGUCGACUCGUCGUGACUGAAAGAUGAGACAACCAGGGUGCAUGAUGGGAUCUUUCCGGCGUCCCAGGCCUCGGUUUAUGAGUUCUCCAGUUCUGUCGGACCUCGCCCGGUUCCAUGCCAGCUCACCUGCGCUGCAGAUCUCCAACACGAGCGUGUGGAACAGCGUCCAAUCAGCUGUGAUCAAGGUGUUCCAGGGCGGAGCGCUGCAGUCUAACGAGCUGUAUACUCUUAAUGAGAGCAUCAGGUGGCUUCUUAAAACUGAGAUGGGCUCUUUCAUCACUGACUACUUCCAGAACCAGCUGCUGACUCGAGGUCUGUCUGAAGUCCUGGAUCGGGUCCUCCUCCACUCAGGUGACGAGCAGCUCAUCAUCCUCGCCAAUGCAUGGGACAGAUUCUUCACAGAGACGCUCCCCACCCUGCAGGCCAUCUUCUACCCUGUCCAGGGUCAGGAGCUCACAGUGAGGCAGAUGGCUCUGUUGGCCUUCAGAGACCUGGUACUGUUAAAGCUCCACCUGGAGGAAGUUCUGGGAACUGCAGCCUCCGUCCCUCCACCUGUCACACAGAUGCUUCUGGUGCUUCAGGGUAUCCAUGAGUCUGGUGGUCCCAGUUUGGAGUAUUACCAGCUGGAGCGUCUGGUGGAGAUUAUCGUGUCUCCGUAUCUCAGCAACGUUCUGCACAACAGAAACCAGCUCCUGUUAGAGUCCCGCCAUUUGCGGACCUCGGGGUCAUUGCUAGGCAACCAGUCCCAGCCAGAGAUCACCAUCACUCAGCAUCACAACUCCUCCGACUCGUCAUCUCUGGCCCCUCUGGUGGAGCAGGAGGGCGAGGCCUACCUGGAAAAGUCAGGUGGCAUACGGCGCCACACGGUGGCCAAUGCGCACUCUGACGUCCGGCUGCUGUCGGCGUCAGGCAGGAUGCACGCUGGGACGGAGACGGACAGCAGGGUAGGGGGGCGUGAUGGAGAUGUGGGGUUUUUGGUGGGGGGCGGGCCGAUGAGUCCCAGGCCAUUCUCCAGCCAACCGGACAUGGUGGAGUCUCCUAGAGGAGGAGUUAUCUGCUAACUGGAGUGGCCAAUGAGUCAAUGGACACGUGAGACAUGAUAUGGACGUGAUAUGGAGGAAAGAAGAGGACAAUUAAACAAAAAUAAGACGGGAACCCGUCGAAAUAACGAACUGAAGAAUGAUGAGAGGAAAUACAAGUUGGAAAAGGAAACAGACCGAAGGACAGGAAACAAACCUGAGCAACAAGAGACGAGAAACAGGAAAACCACAGGAUGAUACAAGAAACAGGAGACAGAAGACAGGAAACUGAAUGGACAGAGGAAGCGUAUAAACUCAUCUGUCCCACAGCUCCCAGCAGGAGAGCAGCCCUGGCUCAGGAUCUGGACUGGGAGGACUCUCUGAACCACUCUGGUGUAAAAAAGCAGCAGUGCUGGUCCAGGAUCAGGCUGUGUGUCUUCAGGUUUGUACUAAUCCUGUGGACCGAGCCGAACUGCAGGUUCUGGUUCUGCUCAGACCUGGAUCUGCUCAGGUCAUGUAAAUAUGUUCUCUUUUAGGAUCGUUGGUGAAAAAUAAAGAUUACCCCUGUAAGAAAUU